AUGCACUUCACCACUCAUUUGGGCCUCCUAGGCCUCAGUUCUGUUCUGGCUGCAGCCCGCCCUCAGCAGCUUGCAGGACCACAGACGGUCACUGUCUGCGGGAGUGAAUGUGCCUCGGUCAUUACAUCAACCGUGACUGUCUUCACUGGAUGCUCAGAGACUUCUUCGGUACCAGUGACGACCAUUUCAUCGUCGACUGAUUCUAGUUCCCUUUCGUCUCAGUCACAGAGCUCAACCACCGAUACAUCUUUGACCUGGACAUCAAGGAUUACUUCCAGUAUCAUAAUCACAGUCUCUCCAUCAACAUCAACUUCCACUGCCACGUUGACAUCCGAGACAACCGAUUCAGCCACGAGCUCUACUGGAGUGACUACAAGUAGCAACUCUGCAACAACUGGAACAGGCGUGUCGAGCUCCACGGAGAGCACUACUUGCACGGACACUACCGAGACCAUUCCUGGCUCUACUUCAUCAUCAUGGGGAAGCUCCGUGACUGGUCCUACCUCGUCGGCUCCUACUAGCAGUGGCGUCUCUUCCACUUUGACAACUGUGUCGUGGAGCAACACCACCUCUACAGUGACUGAAACAUCUUUCACUGGCACAGCAACGAGUUCCACGGCCACAUCAUCCCUGAUUUCCGAUACACUGACCAGCACCAUCACGACUACCGACAGCACCACCACGGCCACUCGAACGUCCUUCACCUGGAACUCGACCAUAACUCUUGGUACUUCCAGCACUGAUGCUACGACGAGGAGUUCGACUUGGUCCACUUGGAUCACAUUGAGCACCACAUCAAGCACCGGGAGCUCAACUUGGUCGUCUUCCGUGUCAGAGUCCAGCAGCACUCCAGCAUCGACUUCCAGCACAUGGGCAACCUCGAGCACCGGCAGCAGCGACAUUCCUAGCUCGUCGUCUAUUGGCACUUCCUACUCGGUCAUUCCGCCGCCACCGACUUCUUCGUGGAUCACCUCGUCAAGCAGCGUCUCAUCCUCUAGCAGCGGGUCCAUCACUUCUUCCGAGAGCACCUCGACCAUUACGAUUACCAGCUCUUCAACUCUGGCCACCACAAACACCCGAUCGACGUCAUCCUCAGAGGUCUCAAGUGUACCCUCGUCGUCGUCAACCACAACAGAAUCAUCGAGCACGGAGUCCUCGUCCAGUGCGACACAGACACCUGGAACCAGCUCUUCUCUGACCACGUAUUCAGUAUCACCCAUUCCCAGCGGCAGCACGUCUACAGACACCGUGACCUCGACCACCACAACUGGGACCACCAUCACCGACAGCUCAUCAAUAUCCAGCAGUGUUCAGACCGAGUCGUCAACGUCAACCUUGACCAUCACUCUGACGUCCUCGACCUUGGUCUCGAGCAGCUCGUCGACGUUCUCCACAGACACCAUUUCAUCCGAGACGGGGAGCAUCUCUUCUUCAUACACCAGCAGUUCCGCCACCGCGCCCACAACAACAACAACAUUCUACUCGGUCCAGCCGCCGCCGCCGCCGAGCACAUGGUCCACCUCUACGGGAGAAACCACAUCCAGCAACGAUGCCAUUGGCACCACCAUUACGACCAUUACGACAUCGUCCGAUCUCACGUCCACCAUCACGGUAACCAGCACCAGCACCCCCAUCGAGACCCUGACCAUGAGCUCCAGCGUGACCUGCGUGUACCAGAGCACAUCGUAUGGCGGGCCUCCGGGGACGUAUAGCUGCUACACUGUAGUACCAACACCGACGCCCAGCCCGGGGACGACGACGACGACGACUGGAACAGACACGCCGAGCUGGACAACUUCGUACCAUGUAACCUCCUCGUCAGUCAGGGUCUCUUCUUCCAAUGACGCCAUCACCAACCCGCCACCUUCCACAUCGCUGACGACGACGACUUCUUCCUUGUCUUCUUCUUCCCCCGUCGUUCCCACACCCUCGGUCACCACCACUUGCGUGGCCAAGGAUUACGGCGCCCACACCUGCUACGCCGUGACCGUCGACCCGACGGCAAUCAGCACCACCACUACCGCCGCCACCACAACCGGUAUUCCCAGCAGUCCUAGCCCGUCUCCUGCCGGACCUUCGCCCCCUUGGUCUUGGUGGACCGGCGGGAGGUACGGCAGUGGCGCCGGAUCCCACGAACGGCCCAGCGAACACAAGUUUGGAGACGCCCACGGCGGAGACUUUGAAGUGUCGCACUAA